CCACGAGGCAAGAGUCGGUGGUUGUUCGUGCUGACAUUAAAAGCGCUGAUUUCGGUGCGCUCAGAGAAAAGGCACAAAUAUCCGGACUGGUGUCUUUUGUUCUACUCGCCAACAUGCCCAUUCAGCGCACGGGUUGCUCCUUAUUUCAAUGCUCUUCCUCAUGCAAUCAUUCUGAAUAUAAACUUUUCCAGGCUUAACACACGCUAUGGUGUUUCUGGUACUCCUACAAUCAUGUUAUGGGUGAGUGGGGCAGCUGUAGCCAGAAUGGAAGAUCGAUCGUUGAAUGAUAAUGGGCUAAUGGUUAGUUUUGCUCGUCAUACCUUCGUUCAUUUACGAUUGGACGGAUGU